AUGACGGUCUCAACAUGGAAUUCCCGGAGGCUGGGUUAUGCUGCCCUUUGCGGCAAUGUGCGAAAUCUCAUCGUCCAGCUUGCGACCUUCAUUCCGGUGGACAAAACUGGCCAGAAGACCUUGAAAACACGUCGGAAGCUGGGUCGCUAUGUGAUCUUGGCUUAUGAGCUA